GCCCUUCAUGUGUGUGAUCUUUCUCAAAAGCUCGGAAAUCAAGUAAGCGUCUUAAUGGAGGCAUUCAAAUCUCAAUCUGAAACUCAAUCUAAAGCGCCCCUGGAAUUUGCGCUUGGCAUGAAGGGUGGAAAUGGAGAUUCCAGUUAUGCCUACAAUUCUUCACCUCAGUUAAGGAUUAUCCAAGCUGUUAAGCCAAUUCUGGAGAAUGGCAUUUACGAGAAUAUGAAAUUGAAGUUUGAUGUACGAGGCAUUUUUAGGAUUGCGGAUUUCGGUUGUGGAACUGGCCAAAAUACUCUUCUGGUGGCAGAUACCAUUGUCAGUGCCGUACAACGCUUACUUAAAGAACAGGAGAUGCCAGAAUUUGAGGUUUAUUUUACCGAUCUUCCCUCUAAUGAUUUCAAUUCACUGUUUCGAAUGUUGCCUUGUACUAGAUCUUACUUUCCAGCCGCUGUGUGUGGAUCGCACUUCAGACGUCUCUUCGCACGGAAAAGUCUCCAAUUUUGUCAUUCUUCUAUGAGUCUCCAUUGGCUUUCACAGGUGCCAGAGACUGUUCAACAAAGAAGAUCUCCUCGUGUUUACGUUUCAAGUGACUCUGAGGAGGGUGUAGCUCCUGCGUAUCUACACCAGUUUGAUACAGACAUGACAUAAUUUUUAAGGCCCGGGCAGAAGAGAUAGUUGAGGGGGGAUGCAUGUUCAUAUCUCUCAUCGGUCGCAAUGGAGACACUCAUAUAAUGGAGGACCAAGGAUUAUUGGGACAUAACGCACGCCAUUUAGAAUAUGCAUUUUGGGAACUAGUUAAGGAGGGUAUUAUUACAAAAUAGAAAUGGGAAUCAUUCAAUAUACCUUGGUUCAAUCCAAAUAUUAAAGAGUUGGAGAGCAUUGUGGAAAGAGAUGGGUCAUUUGCAGUAGUGAACAUGAGGAUUGUGGGAGGACUUCAUGCACAUCCUACUUCAGAGAUGAAAAGACGGGAAGAGAAGAUGUUUGCAAAAAUUGUAGCAAACCAGUAUAGUGCAUUAUUUGAAAACAUUGUGGACGUUCAUUUAAGAUGCAAGAGAUUGAUAAAUGAAUUCUUUUUUAAGAUUGCUGAAAGAGCUUC